GAGGUUCCUUAAUCGAGGUUCCACUGUAUAAACGUUCCCUUUACAGUACGGCAGCAUUUCACUUUACGAUAUACACUUCGAAUGUAUACUACUGAUGUCCAUCCCUGACUCCAAUUUUAGUACUGUAGUAUCUAUCGAUACGGGAAGUAACUACAAGUACGCAAGGCGGACCUAUUUUUAAGAGCUGGGCUGAGGAACUGGCGCCUAAAUAGACAAUUAUGGGUACUCCGCUGGGACUUUUAAAUUUGGCGUCAAAAUCCCAGGUUCCAUUCAGCCUUUCACUGUGAAAAUCAUAUGGUCAAGUUUCGAAAAUCGCAGGAAGCAUCGAAGUAGGUUUAUGUAGCAAAUAAUGCAACAGAAACAAAUGUAGCUGUAGAUCAAGAAAUCUUGCCGAUCUCACCCUCUCCAAGUGGAAUAAGCGUAUGACAUUGCGCGGGAGAAAUUUAAUACUGUCGCACGACUCAAGUAACAGUGUUGAGGUACUUUGAAUUUUCAUGAGCUGAAGUGAUGAAGUUGUGAUCGCUAAAGCUAAACAUCAUGGUAAACUGUAGAGGAUUCUUUUUACCCAAAGAAAAGGACUCGAACGAAGAGCGAGCAGACUCCGAAGACGACAGUGAAAGUGACAAUGACGAUUUCGAGAAUCCUGAUUACCACGACAUUAUUCAGAUAUCCAGCGGAAAAUAUCAGUCGUAUAGCCCAUCGAGAAUCCGAUGUGUCGCCGAAAGGCUGCAAGAACUGGAGGACCGGAAUGGACGUUCUAUUUCAAAGGGGGAAAAGGUUGUGCGCGCUCGAUUUGACAGCAAGUUUUCAGAGCCAUGGUGGAUGGUGGAGGUGAUUGAGAUCAACACAGGUUCGAGAACGGAGCGACCGGAGAAGAUUCCUUCUUACAGCAUUCGAUGUGACGAUGGAGUCGACAAAUCCCUGUUGUCGUUGUUCCUGACGAGAGGAUGCUGUGUAAAUGAGCAGCAUGUCGCUUCGUUCUUGGAAUUUACUGAAGACAGAAAUUUGAGAAUGACGUUUGUGGAUCUGCUGGGCAACUUGAGGGAAUUCGCUAGCAGCGGUGAAAUCAACAGCGAAAUCGCCGAGCAGAUUCGAAGAAGCUUCGCAUCUAAGCCCACAGGCAAAGCCUUUAUGGUGCCCGAGCUUACUAAGGUUGCCCAUCGUCUGUUUCCGCGCCAUGCCAAAACACUGUUUUCGUCUACAAGCCUGGAGGUGUUGCAAGACAUCCAGCAAGCACUUCAAAGAGAACCUUGGAUUUUUGGCUACCAAGCUGUCCUUCAAGAAAGGUUUGGCAUAUCUGGAUGCGAAGUGAAGUUGCCAGCAUUUAUUAAUUGUGAUCUCCUGGAAACUAUGCCUGUCGUGCAACGUGAUGCACUGUACAUUUACAAUGCAUUGUGUAAAUUGAUCCACAAGUAUGGCCAUACCUAUGUACCCCUGUGGCAAUUAAAACGUGAAAACUGGUACAAUGUACCUUUCACACCUGGGGCUUACCAAGUAACCAACUGGGAAGAAAGCCUAACAUAUCUCAGGGAGAUCAAUGCGGCGAAGACUGCCGGUAAUGCUUAUAGCAAUGGAUGUCCUGUGUUUUUACCACAUAUUCGAGGCUAUGAGCAAACAAUUGUUCGAAACAUCUGCAAGAUAAUGGAGAUGAGACCUUGGAUUGGUGACAUGGAGGUAGAUGAAAAGGUGUUUGGUGGUGAUGAAGACCAAGUCAAGGCGGCACAACUCAUGACAACAACUCCUGUUGUUGUUUUGUCUGGAAGGGGUGGAUGUGGCAAAACACACGUUGUUUCAACUGUACUAUCAGGGGAACUGAAGGUAAAAAGAAGUCAGAUUCCUGUAGAAGAGUUAACCAUGCAAGAUGAAUGCACUACCAGUCAGUGCUCAAAAAAUUUUGCUGGUGACUCUCAAACAUCUCAAGACAACCGAUGUUCCACAACUGCAGCUUCUUCUUGUCCUCCAGAAACCACCCAAUCUCAGAAUUCUGAAAUCCCUCAAAGCCAGAUUACAAGGAAAGACCCCUGUGGUGAUGCUGUGCUGCUGACAGCACCAACUGGCAGAGCUGCUUCCAUUUUGGGGAAACGUACAGGACUUCCAGCCUAUACCUUACACUCUGUGAUCUUCAGUUAUUUCCGUUGGCUGAAAGAAGUAAAGAAUGGUGAGAACCAUUCAGCUUGGAAAUUUUCAGGAGUCAAGCUUCUUGUUUGUGAUGAAAGCUCUCUGAUAUCUGUGAAGGCUUUCUCCACUCUAAUAAACAUACUCAUGAAGAAAGCUGCACUUCAACAGGUCAUCUUAUUGGGUGACAAAAAUCAACUUCCAUCAAUUGAACCAGGAAAUUUCCUGAAUGACAUUUAUUGUGCACUUGAGCCUUACGGUUCUAGCAUCACAUUGAGAACUAAUCACAGGGCAGAAUCGCAACUGAUUGUGGACAAUGCAAACAGGAUAUCCCAUAAAGAAAUGCCAUUCUUCCCUGAUGAUCCAAAAAGAGGAUUUAUUUCCCUAUGCUGUCAGUCAGCAGAAGGUUGUGAUGAAAACAAUUCUGACGACAUGGUCAUCACCCAGGUUGUGAGAGAUCUGCUGGACAACAAAAUAAGUACAGUUACUUUACCAGAACCUCAGAGAUCUCAGUUUAUUGCUUUCCGUCGAAGAGACUGUCUGAACAUCAAUGAACUGUGUGCACAGCAUUACAAUAAACACUCCAUCAAGAACACCAAAGGCAAACUAGACUUUCAAACUGGUGAUAAAGUUUGUGUCAGAAGGAACAUUGUCUGCUUUGAUGCUUAUACCGAGAAGGAGGUGAAAUUCUGUAAUGGUGAAAUCUUUUUCAUUAAGGAAGUUAUUGAAGAAGAGGACAACCAUAACAAGAAAACAACUUAUUUUGCUCUUGACAAUGGAGAAAAGAUUGUGAAGGUAGACAUGAAGAUGUUGAAGAGGGCUAAGCUGUGUCAUGCCUGGGCCAGGACAAUCCACACCUACCAGGGUUCAGAGAUUGACACAGUUGUAUACGUCCUAGGAAGCCCAAUUUACCAAGACUGGCGUCACGUCUACACAGCUGUCACUCGAGGUGUUCGACAAGUGAUAGUUGUCCAUGAUCCCAACCACUUGAAAAAAGUGGUGAUGGUAAACAAGCCAUUCCAGAGAAGGACAAAGCUAGGAGAAUUUCUCACCAAAGAUCUAAGCACACCAUCUAUUUUUGACGACGAAGAAAGUGACCCGGAAACUGACAUACUCCGUAGCACUCCUUCUGCAAGUGCUGGAGAUAAUGAAAACGAUGAUGUGUUUCACAGCCAGAGUUUUGGCACCGGAUAUUCGUCCUGCGGUCAUCAAGCAUCCUGUGCGAGUCCGGAGAUGACACACUCGUCUUAUCAUACGGCUGCCAGUUUGACCAGCACAAGCAAGGAAGAAGCUUGGGAAGAUGAAUUUCACGAUGAAGGUGAUGAUGAAAUCCUUGCUUGGGCCUUAGAAAGCUCCCAACAGGGAACCCAAGAAGUCAGCACCAGUUGUCCAGAUCCACAAGGGUUGGACUCCACUGAACUUGCUGGUAAUAACCAGCCAAGUGCAGAUGUUACGAAGGAGUGCUUUGAGUAUCUGUUUGAGUCCACUGGUCCUCGUGAUAAUAGCACCACGUCUGUUGAUUUUCAUGUUGCAAGAAACAACUUGAACAUCAAAAAAGAGCGACGAUACUCAGAGGAAUGUGGUAUGCAGGAAAAUUCUCGUCCCUCAGCGGCAUUUGAAGGCAAUCAGAGUGCAGUGACUGCUGAUGAUUUCCUUGGGUCAAGAAAUAACGUGAGAGUUAAGAACGAGCAGCAGGACAAAGCGGAAACUGGCAUGGUAGAAUGUUCAAGUGGUCAGUUUCUUGGGAGUCUGGCUGACCUGAGUAGUAGAUUAAACGCGUUCUCUGCUACUUUUCAUCAAAGAUCGCCUGUGACAAACAGCACAAGUGUUCUGGACAUCAAUCGUAAGGCACGUUCCAGGAGAUUCUCUGAGACUUCCAGUUUUCCAACUCCUCCUCAGACCCCAACCAACAUCAGAAAGGCCGCACCGUUUUCAUCAAGGCAUUUAUCCAACACGUUCCCUCGAAAAAGCAGUUCACAAAGAACAUCCUCCAGCACAUCUACAGGGACCCCAGCUAAGAGCAGAAGGAAAUCACUUACUGCUAAAUUUGACUCUGUCUGUAAAGUGUGCGAGAGCCCAAUAAUCGCUGGACUAGAUGAAAUAACCCACUUCGACAGUGGAUCAGCCAAAUCGUGGGUGCACCAAAAAUGUGUGCACUCCAAGUAAAACUGUUAGCCAAACUCUACUCAAGCCUUUCGUGAAGAUUAUGAGAAUAACAUCGUGCUGGACCUUUGCCAUCUCAUGAAGUCUGUUCUUGUCUCCUCUCGUUUCAUUUUUGUAGUGUACAGCAUUUGCAUUUUGGAUAUGCUGUACACGUUUUUUACAAACAUGUCCAAGGUGCGCCCCAGCGUUGUUUUAAGGGCCUUUGCUGCAAAAAAUCCGUCUUUUUGCUUGUUUUACAGAAACACCCAUUUCAAACACGGGGUUUUAAAAGAAUGUAUUAGCCAUUACAAGAACGUUAGGUGGUGCGCUUUCUGAGCAAAGCUUUUCGUUAUAAACAGAAUUUACCACCUUGGGGGUGAAGAGAAUUUCCUCUACAAAAUGUAUCGUAAAUUAUCAAAUUAGCAAUUUUUUCACGAAUCUGUUUUUAUUGAAACAUGUGGUAAUGUCUUAGUAAGGAAAGUAAAAUGUUAAUGAUUGUACAAGAAGUUUAUCAGUUAAGAAAUUGUUACCAUGGUAGAUGUCUAUACAAUUAUACUGUGAAAAAUUCAGUGGAAAAACGUCAGAGUUGUUAAAUUGAACAGUCCAAUGCAAAAUUGGGAAUUGUUCGUUUGGAUAGUUUCAAUUUGCUACGGAGAGAAAUAUUAAUUAAACGGUCCUUGAAUGAA